CAAGGCGCGCGCCCGCGGAAGGGGGUGGGAGGCUCGCGCGCGCCUGGGAAAAUGUUGCGCAGAUUCUAAAAUGGAACGUUGUCGGCGGCGUGAUUGAGCGCGAGGGGGUGUGUGAGCGUGAGUAAGACAGGGACCAGCAGCGGCGGCAGCAGCAGCAGCAGCUAUCACCACCACCACCACCUUCUUGCAGCCGGUCUCCCCGCAGCGGUACGGGGAGCAGCUGCCUCCUCCUUCCCUCUGCAUGGAGCUCUCUGCUAUCGGGGAGCAGGUGUUUGCGGUGGAGAGUAUCAGGAAGAAGCGCAUAAGGAAGGGUAAAGUAGAAUACCUGGUGAAGUGGAAAGGAUGGCCCCCAAAAUACAGCACAUGGGAGCCAGAGGAUCACAUCUUGGAUCCUCGCCUGGUAGUGGCUUAUGAAGAGAAGGAAGAGAGAGACCGUGCAUCAGGAUACAGGAAGAGAGGGCCUAAACCAAAGCGCCUCUUAUUACAGAGGCUUUAUGGUAUGGACCUGAGGAGUGCCCACAAGGGAAAGGAGAAGCUCUGUUUUUCUCUAUCACGGCGAUUUGGAGGAGGAAGCAAUCUGGCGGGGGCCAAGCCAGGACAGACAGAGCUAUCUGAGAAGAGUGGGGGAGGCGUCCUACCAUUCCCACUCCGGAAGCAGCGCAAGAACCAGAAAUAUCUCCGGCUGUCGCGGAAGAAGUUUCCACGCAUGUCAAGCCUGGAGAGCCGUAACCACAGGCAUGAGUUCUUCUUGAAGGAGUCAGUGGCACUAGAAACUAGGCAGACUCCCAAUGACUGGGAUGCGACGCAGCAUGCUAGCAAAGAAGUGUCUGGGUGAAUGGACUCUUUCCGAGGUGAGAGUAGAGACACCUCAGAUAUCUGAGACAGAAGCCAGGAAAUGCCCAGUUAAGGGGUCCACAUUCCAUACCCAGGUGGGACAACAGGGUGCAGUACAGGUAAAGUAAUAGAGAGGGGAUGUUUCCCUCCCCUCUCCAUAUAUUUUUGUGGCUCUCUUUGGGUGCGGGUUUGUUCAAUCUGUUCUUGAGUUUUUUACACUGUGGGGAAGUGGAAGUGGGGGGUAUUUGGGUCCCUCACUUUGAGUGGUAGAGAUUAGGAGCUCCAGGGGAGAGUAGAUGUUUUUAGCUUCCUCCCCUCGGUGGGGAGGAGUAAAGAGGAAGACUCUUGUACCCUUUGGACCCCAAAGGAGUGGCAUUGAUGGGCUUUGGAGAGAGUCACAUCCAGCCCUUCCCUUGGCUGGAUUUGGAGGUACAAUGGAGGAAAAUCCUCAGUUUGUUAGGACCCCCUUAGGCCCAGGGAACAUGGGGUAUCGGGGAUGAGUUUGGAAAAAAAUGAGUUCUGAUUGUUUGUUUGUUUUUUAUGUUGGUUGAUUGGGGUGGGGGUUGAAUUUACACUACAGUGAACAUGUGCACUAACCAGGAGACCUGGUGGGCUGAGAUCCAGUUGCCAGAUAUUUCCCCUAAAGUGGGAUAUUUUGACUCCCAUUUGGAAAGAGGGUGGGGAAUGCAUAAUGAAAAUGCUGAUGGACCUGUAAGCAUGGUGGUGCUGUUGGGGGCUGUUGUUGUAUCAGCCUGCACAGUUGAUUGUGUGUCUGUCGUUCUUCUUGCCGCUCCCCCUUCUUUCCCUCACCUUUCACUGUCCCAUUAUUAUCUUCCCACCUCUUCCCUCUGCCCCUUACUUUCUGUGUGGGAGGGUUACACACCUACAGUGCCUUGGAGCAUGUGCAAACUUGGCACAGGUUGAUGUCACCCACCCAUAGCCAGCAAGGGUGCUCCUCUUCUGUUAGCCCUUCAUUCUUUUUCUAACGUGCUCUUAUCCACCUCCCCCUCUGCAGUAGGCAUGGAUGCAGUUGAUGGCAGCCUCCCCUGGAUCCCCACCUUGUCCCCCAGCGAAGUGACAGUGACAGACAUCACGGCGAACUCCAUUACCGUGACCUUCAGAGAAGCACAAGUGGCCGAGGGCUUCUUCCGAGACAGAAGUGUGCAGUUCUGAAUCUCCAUUUUUAAUGUUCCUAGUCAGAUUCUUUUGGGGGUGGGGUGAUUAUUUCACUCUUUAAAAAUAUCCAAAAUCUUUCUUGUAAAAAUGUUUACAGAGGAGGUUUUUUGUUUUGUUUUGUUCAGUUUUUUUUUUAACUGAAGUCUCAUUGAUUUUUCUUUUCCCCUUCAGAUACGCAAAAACGAAAGGCAAUGUAUGGGGUGCCUGUGUUUUUGUUUGUUAUACUUGUCAGUUAUUGCUUUGUCCGUCUGAGAAACUGAUACCCCUUUCCUUGGCAAAGACUCCCCUGGUAGGGCAUUUUGAGAACUUUUUUUCUCUAUGUAUUUCCUUUGCUCUGUUCUGACAGCUGCAUUUAGGGUGAGAGAGGACACGGAGAUGGAGAAGGAGUUGGACCUAUUGCUUGCUUCCCUGAUUUGCAGAUGUUGUCCCUUGGUAAAGAUGCUUCCUCUGGACUUCACCCUUCCCAUCUUCCUCCUCCCGCCCAGCUACUGCAGUGAGAUGUAAAGGACCCUAUCACUUUAGGUAACUCAAGUCUGUUACAAGCUUCCUCCCUUCCAAAUGUUUUAUCUGUGGUGGUAUUGCAGGUAAUCUGUUUGCUUGGGAAGGUAGGAAACUCCAUGGCAAAUAAUGAAUGGGACUGAUGGUUACAGUGUGAUUCCAUGAAGAGUGAAGGGAUGUCGUCUUUGUCUCAUGAUCCAUUUAUCCUGUAACACAUAGCUUUGUAAUCUCCUAGCUGUGGUAUAUUAGCGACACAUGCUCACUUCAGAUUUGAGCCUUUAAUAAAGGCAGGAUUGUAACUUAAUUGCCCUUUAGGAGGAUAACUGUAUAUAUUAACAUAGUGUUACUCAUUUUUCUCUAUCCAGAGACCUGACCAGAACCCUUCUAGAAAUAUGAGAAGAGAAAGGUGUUUAUAUGUAAACCUCUUUCCCCCCCUCCCCCCCGCACCCACCCACUGGGGGAUGAGGAUUCCCUCCAGGCUGAGAACCCCUGUACUAAAAGAUUUACCAAACCCAGACUGUAUAUAAAUAUUCUCUUGAAAAUGCUUUACUAAGUCAGUGAAAAGGGUGGCUCUCUUCUUGGGAAGAAGGGCUCACAGAGGGAUUGAAACAGUGCCUGGCAGUGCUGGAAAUCCACAGAUAAUAGCAGAGGCCAAGUGCAUGAGAACUAAGCAGUGAAACUGGACUUUAGCGGGUCAGUUUCCACUUUUAGGUAGCUUUUUUGCUCUCUGAUCAAAUUUAAAGGUCAAAAGUGAAUAGCAUAAGGGCUGGGAGGAGUCUACUAGACUUCUAAACAUUUUUUUUUUUAACUUUUUUAAUUUAUCCUCUAAAGUGAUAAGGACUCUUGGAUUGAGUGUCCUACUUAUAUUUUCCCUCCUCAAUUUACGUAUCUGUGACCUCAUCCUUAUUUGUUCCCUUUACCAGGGGAGUUUCCCUUUUGAGGGUUUAAAAAGCUUUGCCAAGGAAAGCCAUCUGCAGUUCUAUAGACUGUGCCUGGUCUUGCACUUAAAAACGCUGGAGAUUUGUGCUGGAUUCUACCUGUGACAUUUUGGGGUUUCUAAGAAUUGCUGUAUCUUCAAAGUUGAUAGUUUUAGCAUCUGUUCUUGCAUGCUCACUCUCUUCCUUCUUUAUUUUAAACUUAAAAAUCUUUCUCUCUGUGGAAAGCAAGAAGGGUAAGCUAGGGCCUUGGGGGGAAUUGUGGGGCAAUGUGAUACAGUGCAGCCUUGACUUUUUCUUUUUACUCCCCUCCUUUAAUUCCUUCCCUCCAAAAAAAAAAAACAAAACACUUCAUCUGCUGGUUUUGUGCUAUCUGAAGCUACUUUCAUACAGAGCUGAAGCUAAGUGUUAGUGUAAAUCCUAAAUGCUGUUUCUCUGCAGCUCUUCCCUUCAAGGGCUUAGCUCAUGCAGAACUUAAGAGUUCUGCAACGCUGAUGCUUUGGAUCCUUCAAACACUUGCUUUUUACAAAGAUUUUGGACUGCCCCGAAACUUGCUUUAAAAGCACAUUUUACCUCUAAUAAGCUCUAGCUGCUUACAGAAUACUAAGAUUCACCCUCCAUUGUCUGAACUAGACUGCCUUCCACCAGGUCCUGGUACUUGCGGGAUGGAUUGACACGCCCUAUAUUUCAGGUGUCUCAGUGCAAAUAUUUUUGUCCCUCAAAAUAAAUACGAAGUGGGGGAUCCAGGAGAUUGCCCCAGCUCCAAGUUUUAAUGAGUGGUGAAUUCUGAGAGGAGGAGUGGAGGGCGAAACCUGAGUUGAUUUUUUUUUUUUUUUUUUAAAUGGUGGGAGUAGGUGUUGGAGGAGAAGAGGGAGUGCUGAAUAAAAAAAAAAAUAGUGCAACCUGUGGGAUAAACAUAGACUUAGGACAAAGUUUGUCAAACGUGGUUGCCUAGAAUUGGGCUUCUAAAUACGUAUAUAGUCACCUCCAUAGAAGUGUCCUCUUUCCCCAUCCCUCCCCUCAAAAAAAGAGUGCUGAGCACCUGCAUCUUUUACUGACUUCCCUGAGAGUUGCAGGUGCUCAGAAUGUCUGAAAAUCAGGGUGACUUUGAUCCAGGUGAUUCUAGAUUUAGAAGAUUAAUCCUAGGCACCUGAAUUUGAAGAACUUACUUCCCAACUCAUCGUUCCAAACCUUUGUAGGAUCUGGAAGAGAGGUUUUAACUUUUUUUUUUUUUAUAUGUGGGUAUGGCCUUCUAUGCAUUUUUCCCAGUUUAGUCCAGAAAUACUGCAAGAAAAACUCGUUUGUGAAUGUUUCUAGCCCUUGCCAAAAUCUGGGAAGCAGCAGAAAUCCUGUAAAGGGCAAGAAAAAGGCUUCUUCUCUCACCAGACUUCCGUUCUGCUUUUCUCUCUCCUUGUUGUCACCUUCUAUGCACCCAUUGAGAUUUUCCAGACCAAAGAAUUCUGUCUUGACAUUCAUUUUCUUUUGAAGAACACUGUUUUUGCAAACUUGACUGUAGGUGGAAGCUCUGGAGCCCUUGCAAACAGGAUUCACCCACUGCUUCAUUUUUAACCCUUUGGUAGAUGUUUACUUUGUAUUGCUUCUGAUGACUAAUAUCCUCUUCUGACCUAAAAGGAUUAAGGAGUAUCUUGGUAGCCGUACCUUAUGCCCAAGUCACUGGGGGGUUAAUUCAUUUCCGGUUGAGAUGCAGAACCUUGCUGAUGUGUGGGUUGGCUUUUUUGGGGGCAUGGAGAGAACAAGUGGGGAGAGGAUGUUUUGUGGUAGGAAAUUAAACAUGUAUUAAUUUUUUUUGACACAUCCUUAGCAAGGUUUGCAUAUUGUAAAAAUCAAUCUUGCUCUCUUAACUGAAUGUUUUUAUUGUUUUUAGUCUCUGUAAAGUGUCGUUCUCUUCUGAAAAGUGACUAGAGAAAUGGUGGUGUGGGCUCCAGGAUGGUGGAAUGUCAAUGAUUUUCAAAUCAAAUGUGCUCAGUUUACAAGUGCAAAGUUUAACUGCAAACUCAGCCUGGAAUCUGAAAGUCAUACAGGGGCCUUUUUGGCUGCUAUCACAAAAAUCAAAGAUUCUGUGAUUAGAGCUUCACUAACUACUAUGUUUGAUGCAAGAGCAAAAAUAGAGUCCAGCUGGAGCUUACUUUAAUGAUUCUGUUUGAAAUAUGAGCCAGAAUAGAAUCCAACUGACUCCCCUAUAGCUCUGUUGACUGCAAGGCUGAAGCAAUGCAGACUGACUUCAGCCAGCAGAAUUGCAAAAAAAGCAGGUCCCUUGAGUAAGAGGGGACUGUUGUUAUAGAGUCAGUCUUCAGAACAGAACUGCACUGUAAGAACUUGCCAGCAGUUCGUAGGGCAGGCGACGCUUGUUUCAUGUGUCUGUUCGUAGUGGUAUUUCAUGUACUGUUUGUAUCAUGUUCACACAUAGGGGCUCCAGUCACAUUGGGACUCGACUCCAUUGUACUAGGCACUGUAUAAACACUUGUUGAAGACUGCUUCGCACCCCCCCCAAUACCUUCCAUCACCACACCCCAGUAUUUUUGAUUCCUCAGAGCACCAACUACAAAUCUUUUAAGGUACAUCUACACUGGAAAAAAACCAACUCCUCAGAACCAAGUCUCAAAGCCCAGGUCAACUGAUUUGGGCUCCCGCUAUAGGGCUAAACAUACCCAGUGUAGAUGGUCCCAUGCCCAGCCAAGCAGGAACAUCUACACAGCUAUUUUUAGCCACUCAGCGUGAGCGCAAGUCAGUUGAUCUGGGCUCUGAGACUUGCUGCCCCAGGUCUUUUUUUUGUUUUUGUUUUUAAAACAGUGUAGACCUACCCUUAGUACCCCUGUGUCUCCAGCACACCCCUUAUUCUCGUGUAAUGACUUGGGCCCUUGGACGUGUCAAGUCCAAAUUUGUUUUCAGUGGCAGACAGGAUAUUGUGGGAACACCCAAAUGCAGUUCCUUUUGCCAAAAUAAACCCAAGUCUGCCAGUGAAGUGACCCUGACUAAGUCAGAGCCUGAGACAGAAACGAACAUGUGAUUUAACAUAUCAGAACAGGGUGUUUUUUGUUUUGUUAGUGUUGUGAAACUGUCCAGAAAGAUUCUUCUGGUGUGUUUGAUUGAAUAUGUGAACUUGGUUUUGACCUCAUGGGGCCCAUGGCCCCAGUACUGCUUCCUGCUCUACCCCAGCCCCACGCUUAGUACUGAUUGACAGUUUAACUGGAAUAGAGAGAGUGGCCUCAUGUAGGCUGAAAAAUAGGCAGGCUGCUAAUAGGAGAUACUUAAUGCAACCACCACAACAAAGAUUGGGGUGAGGAAAUAGUGCUGAUGGCUGUGGGCAACAGCCCAGGGUUGAUGGUUAAAGUAGGGCCCCUUUGCUGAACAUUAAUUUCAUGCUUUUGAAAUGGGAAAGAAGCAAACCUCCUUCCUAAAAAUGGUAAUAUUUUCCCUUCUCUUCUGUUCCUAUUCCAUAUAUUCUUCCUGUAGCCUAGGAAGGAGGGCAGUGUAGCUUCCUGGGACAGUGUAGGGGCUGCUCGAUGAAUGGGGCCCCUAACUUGUAGAGUCUGGCAUUGCUUGGACUCCAGAGUUGUGCUGGAUCUGUGUACCAUAUCCCCAUUGUCAAUAAUGCACUUGCUAGACUGUUCAAGACAGACUGUUGGGUAGAGUGCCUGUUACUUCAAGAAGAGUGCAUUGCGAUGCAGGAAGCAUUCAUUAACUCCCAAGGCCCUUCCAUGGUCUGCAUCAUGCUGAUACUUCCCAUUUAAUAAAAUCAGAUGCCAAAGUGAGAAAUCCAAAGCUUUUCUUGUUGUUGGCGACUUCUGCUCCCAUCCUUUGUAAAUCCCAAUUCUGAGAGUAGUUAAUGGAUUCGUUCAGCUGGGAUCUGCGCUACACAGUGGCCUGUCACAGCUUUGGUUUUGCCACAGAUUUGUUCUCAUCUUUUCACUCAGAUGGGGAAAAAAAAAGUGAAUAUUAGAUGGGGAGUAUCUAGGAGAUGGAGUAUGUUUCUGUUCAGUGUAGCCUAGCAUAUUCAGAUGCACAAUUUUCUUGUCUCUUCACUUCCUUCUCCCCCUUAGGACAUCACUGCCCUGCAUCAGCAUUUUAGAAGGAUUAACUGGUACUCUUCUGUGUGUUCUGAAUGGGUACUGAGUGAGUGAGCAUGUGUGGAGAGGGUAGUUUGCUUCUGUGUUAAGUAGUUGGGUCUUUCAGGGGGAGGGAAAGCAGAGACUUAUCUUUGUGGGGGCGGGAGCCAAGCAGGAGAAUGAUAGUUCAGAUCAGAGCCGUUAUUAGAAAGGAAAAUCUACCAUUGGCAAAUGCAGGUGAUGGGGCCAGAUUGUUGCAGAUCUCAAGCCAAUAUCUCCCAGAACACAGUGGUCUAAAAUCAGCUCUUUCUCAUGUCAGAGGGUCCGUGUUGUCCUCUGCCCCGCCAAGCUCAAAUGCCCAAAGCCAGGACUGUAGCCUUCUCGCAAAAGGAGAAUGACUGUCCCAAAUUAUUUAACCACUCAGAUGAAACUUAAGCUCUUAGGUAGGUGGAAGUGGUUGUGGGACUUGCCCAAGAGAUGAGCAUUUGUAAAGCAGGGGUAGGUUGCCAGUCUCAUCAGAACAGUCACUGGUGGGGAAGGGCAGACAUAGCAUUCAUUCAGAACCUCAUAUCUUCCUCUAACAUCCAUUUCAGACUCUUCGUUAGGAGAAGGAAUGUUUCCUGGGGAGUUGGCCACUUCCCAGAUUUCUGAAUGGGCAAUGGCUUUGGAUGAUCAGAAGUAGCACAGAGCGACUGAGCCCAAUAAUGGAAGUUGGUAGUGGCUCUCAUUUGAAUGGGAGACUGAAUUACUGUACUUGCGAAAUGGGAUGGGUAGAAAGCUCAGGUUCAGAGAGAGGAUUUGCUGCUUCCAUUAAUUUUGGGCCACUUGUUACUCUGCUUGUCUUUUCAGAGAAGAGGCACACUCCCCUCCCACAACUGUAUGUGCGCUGGAGGUGCCAGAUUGACAUCUUCAGGUGGGAGGGGUGAUGGUGUGAUGGUCAGAAACGUGACCUUUUAAAAUCUAUCUGUUCUGUAUCAUUUUAGUGCCAACAGUGCGGGAGAGUUGACCGGGAUUAGGGUUUUGGAGGUGUUAACCAGAAAUGUAGAGGUAACACCAAAAACACUCUGAAAUCUAAAAAUGUUAGUCUGCUUUUUGGCUUUUCUUAAGUCAAGGCCUAAGUAUGUUUGAAGCACUUUGAAGAUGCAAAGCACUAGGAGCGCUGAGUAUUUGUGUUGCCUCUUUAAAAAUGUGGCAUUUGAAAAGGGAAAGAUGUAUCCAUUUCAGACCACUGGCUAUUCCUUAUCUCCUUUCCACAGCUGCCAUCCAGCCCUUGGCAUCCCUUCUACAGUUGUAGGGUGGGCUUGCCAUUCCAGGCAUCCUAAGUGAACAAGGCACAAUGAAGGAGGGGAGGAGACUUUAAAACUUCACAUCCACCUUCAGAACAUGUAUUCCCCCACCACUUGUGGUAUAUAGGGGAGUUAUUAGGUUCUGUUCCCAUGUUAAGUAGCCUCAGUGCUUAGAGAUGGCUGAGAUGUGAUCCAAUAGGUUUCCUCCAUCUCUAGUUUUGGAGACCUCUUUUUAGUUCCCCUUUCUGGACAAAUUGCACUUUAGUAGCUUAUUGGGGAUGGGAGGCAUGUGUACCUCUUUGAGGUCGGGGCAUCCCAACAGCUGUUUUUAGUGGCUGCUGGACUCUUCCAGUGGGUUAAUGUCUCACCUCACAUCCAACAGAACAGGUGCAAAGGAACUUGGUUUUAAAAAAAACUAAUCACAAAGUUUAGUCUUAAAAAAAAAAAAAAUCUAAAUUGAACAUUUUAGCUGGCUUUGUGGGGCAUUUUACUUAGUAGCAGGCACCUGUGUUUGGAGGAACCCCAAUCCUCCCAGCUUUUCAGCGUUGACCUUCUCUCCCAUGCUCCUGCACUGCUUGAUCUAAGUUCUUCUAAGACUGCUGUGUGACUUUAUUGCCUAUUUGCUAUGCUUGUUUUCCACCAAGGAUGGGGUUGGGGAAGGUUACUUUAUUUUUUAUUCUUGGCAUGAUAGAGCACCUGAGUCUUUGCACAAGAAAGCUUCCUUUGCACAGAAUGAGCUUCUAGCUUUUGUACAGACUAAUUGAAUGUAUUUGGGCAGAGGGAACGAAUCAAUUCCAAACAAACA